AUGUAUUUGGAUGCAUGUUGUCUGUGUAUGUAUGCAUGUAUGUAUGUGCGUGUAUGUCUGUCCGGGUUUGUCCGUAUGUGUAUGUUCGUUUGUAUGAUGCUGUUGUUGCUGCUUCUACGUUCAACCUCGCUGCCGCCGCACCAUCGCCGUCGCGUCGACCAACAAACUCGUGGUGAUUGUGGUGAUGAUGGUGGUAUGAUGGUGGUUGGUUGGUGGGAUAGUAGGAUGGGUGGACGGAUAGUUUUAGAUGGAUGGAUGGAUGGUUGGAUGGAUGGAUGGACAGAUGGUUGGUCGGUUAUUAGUUGGAUAGUUAGUUGGAUUUAA